UUUGACAGUUGCUGAUGCUAGGACGCCAUUGCGCAGAUAUGGUGGUUGUCGCCUAGUACUUCCCGAAAUCUCUUUCAAACAAACUACCGAAAAAUACAGAACACUAUUGGUUUUGUUAAUCGUCGUGAUUCCGCGGUAACUGUACUAACUACUGGCAACACAACACUAAAAAGCAUUGAUUGCCUGGGAAGGCGAUUAUGAUGCCUCUAAGUGGCGCUCAUACAAUACAUAAUUCCAGUCAAAUGGCCAACAGUCAAACAUCAUCCACCAACAGCUUGACUCCCACUGGGGGUUCAAAUAAAUCAAGUAGCUUAAAGCCUAAUUACACAUUGAAGUUUACUUUGGCUGGUCAUACAAAAGCAGUAUCUUCAGUAAAGUUUAGUCCUAAUGGUGAAUGGCUAGCAAGUUCAUCUGCUGAUAAACUGAUCAAAAUCUGGGGCGCCUAUGAUGGCAAGUUUGAGAAGACAAUCUCAGGACAUAAACUUGGAAUUAGUGAUGUUGCAUGGUCUAGUGAUAGCAGGUUAUUAGUAUCUGCUAGUGAUGACAAAACAUUAAAAAUAUGGGAGUUAAGUUCAGCUAAAUGUUUGAAAACAUUAAAAGGCCACAGCAACUAUGUAUUCUGUUGUAACUUCAAUCCACAAUCAAACCUGAUUGUGUCUGGAUCCUUUGACGAGUCUGUGCGUAUUUGGGAUGUGCGAACUGGAAAAUGUCUAAAAACGCUACCGGCUCAUUCAGAUCCAGUGAGCGCGGUACAUUUCAAUAGGGAUGGGUCACUUAUUGUCAGCAGUAGUUAUGAUGGAUUAUGCCGAAUCUGGGACACUGCAUCUGGCCAAUGUCUGAAAACUCUCAUCGACGAUGACAAUCCACCAGUAUCAUUCGUGAAGUUCUCACCAAAUGGUAAAUAUAUACUCGCUGCGACGCUAGACAACACGCUGAAGUUGUGGGAUUAUUCCAAGGGUAAGUGCUUGAAGACGUACUCAGGCCACAGGAACGAAAAGUAUUGCAUUUUUGCGAACUUUUCCGUCACCGGCGGCAAAUGGAUCGUGAGCGGCUCCGAAGACAACAUGGUUUAUAUUUGGAACUUGCAAACGAAAGAAAUCGUUCAGAAAUUACAAGGACACACAGAUGUGGUUUUAUGUACGACGUGCCACCCGACCGAGAACAUUAUUGCGUCCGCAGCCCUCGAGAAUGACAAAACUAUAAAACUCUGGAAGAGUGAGACGUAAACCAACUGCACUAAUACAAUUUAUUCAUUACAUAUAUUUUACAAGAAAACAAGCGAUACACUGUUGGUUUGUUUUUUCAUUUAAGCCUCCGACAUUUAUCGGCAAAUUUGACAUUUGUGUGAUUGCAGUAGGGAAUGUGUCAUUUCAAAAAUACAUGAUUUUGUAAUACUA